AUGAGCUCUCGGGACCUGCGUGGCCACGCAUCUAAGCACCAACAUCGCACGGUCUCUGUCGUUGAAGCUCACAGCGGUUCCUCCUUCCCGUUGCCCAAACUGGAUUCCAUUCCCUUUGUGACAGUCGCUGGCUGGACCCAACAUAAAAGCCCAAGCGUAACGUCCGCGCGGUCCUUUGGCCACUUCAGGUCGCUCUCCAGCUUUGCCAGUCCGGCGGCAGCCACCAAGACAGCAGACGCCACUGUAGGCCACCACCGCCGGUCGCCGUCACUCAGUGACCUACCACCAAAGAUGUCGGCCGAUGUCGCGUACGCGAGCACGUUCCUGGGGCCUUCCCAUAAUUCUCAAACGCCAUCUCCAUCAUCAGCCACACCGAGAAACUUUGACGAUUCGGAGGACCUUAACACUCUCCCGGAUCCCAGAAGUAGGGCCAUGAGCCCCGCUAGCACCCACGACUUCCCUAGCCCGAUAAGCCCCAACUCUGAUCUUGAUCAAGAAGUCGCAGCCUUGAGCACGAAGCUCAUUAACGCGAUCAACCACCAGACUACCCUCGACGACACUCUGUCAAGAGCAAGGGCAGAACUCGACGAUGCAAGGGAAACCAUAAAGCAGUUAGAGGGGCGUAUCGCUGAGCAGCAAGAAAUGCUCUCAGGGGAUGUCUGGGUUCGCCGCAAAACUGUCGAGUCCGAGAAGAAGGAACUGCUUCGUCGCAUAGCUGAUGAAAAGAAGGCACGAUAUGAUAUGGAACAGCAGAAAAAGAAGAUUGAACAAGAGUUGGAAGAGUUGAGCACUCAGCUCUUUGAAGAGGCCCAGAAAAUGGUGAUUGCGGCCAAGGAGGAUGCACAAAAGGAACAAGAGAAAUUGCACAACAAGAACGAGAGGCUCCGAUCACAGCUCUCACACACUGAGCUAUUACUCAAGUUGCAGAACGAUCAGUUGGCGGAACUCAAGGCUGUUAUGGAGCAGAUGCAAGUUGACCGGGAGGACCAGAAUGCCUUGACAGCGCCGUCAUCUCCUGGUUUCAGCAGAUUCGAUUCCAAAGACGACGACACUACUCUCUCUGCUGCAGAGGAAUCCCUACCGGAACCCGUAUCUCCAUCCUACCCCACAAGCUUCACUCACCUGGUCCAGCCGAUCUUGCGGACCGAUCUAUCGGCAUAUGAAGAUUUCAAAAUACUGGUGCAGACAACGAAGAGGCUAUCUGUCAGGAGCAGGCCACCUUCGGGCGCGUUCGGGUCAGGUGCAAUGUCAGCUCUCGGCUUGACUGCAGGUCACUCCAUGAGCCCAUCGAAUGCAUCAACGUCGUCUGUCGCAAGCACAGUGCCAACGUCAUCCUCAGGCUCGCUACCGCCAACUCCAAACACGCCUGGUUCAGCUGCUCUGAGCACGAUCUCGGGCGCUGCGGCAGUGCCAGUGCCACCCCUCAAAGAUUCCAAGUUCUUCAAGAGGGUCCUGUCCGAGGAUAUAGAACCGACCCUCAGACUUGACAUUGCGCCUGGUCUGUCGUGGCUCAGUCGACGAACGGUUAUCAACGCGAUUACAGAGGGAACUCUAGUUGUCGAGCCGGUACCGCCCGCGACACCUGGUUCGCUUGUCGCCAGAACGAAACCACAGUUCAAGGAGUGCUCACUUUGUGGGGAAAACCGCAGAGAGGAAGCACACCUUCGGACCUACCGGUUCCGCACCAGCGAUGCGGAUACGGCGCAGCGCUACCCGCUCUGCAAGUCAUAUUGUUUGGUCCGCGUUCGGGCAACAUGCGAUCUUAUGGGAUUCCUUCGCCUCCUGAAAGAUGGACAUUGGCGAACCGACGACGAGGAUGCCGUCAAGGCUGCUUGGGAAGAGAGCGUACGGCUACGAGAGCAGAUGUUCUGGGCUCGCAUCGGCGGUGGUGUUGUCCCUACCACACCCAUGUUGAUUGGCAAAUCCCCCAUGUUGCCGGAGAAGAGCCCCAGGCCUAGCCAAGAUGGCAAAAACGAGGCACCUCAAGUGGAACAGCAGCAAUCCCAGGAGCUCCCGAAUCCGAGCGUGGAGGUCAGCUCUGAGUCUUCUGAUAACACAACAGUCCCUACACCGGUAGAGACUCCAGAGACAAAACCGGAGGGCCUGGGCCUCCAAAACGUUCCGCUGGCGUCGCCGACCUCGGAGACUGUUGAGGAAAAAGUGGGGAGACCAGUGACGCCACCUCCCAAGGUAUCGGAAGAGCCGAUGCCACCAGUGAGCAACACUACCGAGACUGAUGCUGACGCAGAGGGAGCGAACCAGCAGGCUACCCUGCAAAUUCCCGCUCAACACAAUCAAUGAAUCACAUUAAAUUCAUACUCGGCAUUUUUCAACAAGAUCUACACCUAUGGCCCGGGGGUUUCCACAUAUGAACGCAAUACCCUACCUGGGCCUUUCUCAGUACAUAUUCUAAUAUUGCAUUGCUCAUGUUAAAUACGGUUAAUGAUACCCUCGUUUGACGCCUUGACCAGUGCUGGUCCUUACACUCCCUGAUUGUAUUUCUCAGCAGGAAAAGCAAGACUAUCAUUUUUUUGUUCUGCUUAUCAGGACGGGGUCGGCGUUUGGACUCUUUAUUUUUCUUGGGCUACACAGGCAAGGUCGUCUUCUUUUCUUCUUCUUGAUUUCUCAUUAUUCUUGUCAAAAAUCUUCGCUGAGAACUGGUAUUUGAGUACUUGUAUUAUUACUUGACGACAAAGCAGGCAGGAGGAGGGGCGGGCCCAAUGGACGAGGAAGCAAGGGUGCUGCACAUACAUACAAGCACCUCCCACUCGAUUAAUACGGUAGAUAAAUGGGGUUAAUUAUGAUGAUAUUGGGUGUAAUGAUAUACAGCUGC